GUUAUAAAAAAGUUGAUAAAGUGAUUUAAAGAGAACAUGUAAUAAAAUAAGAGAUUACCGCUCAAAGAAAUAAUUAUUUAUUUGUGAGUUCAGAAAUAUUAAUUCGUGAUCUAUUAUCCACUAACUGAAAGACUUAUGAUAAAAUUUGUAUAGAAAGUUCAGGGAUUCGUAGAUAUAAGGAGACUUCAACGCGAUCAGGAUACCAAUCGUCCUCUUCUUGAGUGUCAAACAUGAAUGUCGUAAUGCGAAUAGCAUCGCGCUGUGUAAUUUGUUACAUGCCCUCUCUGAACAUUACUUAGUUCACUCUGAGUUGAGUUAUUUUGGAUAAGUGUUCUUCAGAACGUGACGAAGGAGGAGCAAUGAGUUCCUCCGGUGGUUGGCAGGAUGGCAAGUCCCAAAUUCCAAUUCUCAAGUCGCCGAGUCCGACGGAACGUAAAGUUGACAAUUCUGAUCACGUCGGCAAACUGACGAAUGACAAGCUUAAGAAGCGAAGUUCAUCGGUCCUGAGUCUGUUUCAUGUGACUCACAAAGUUCCUUCUCAUAUCGUGUCCCCGAAGUCUCCUAAAGAUGCAGAUCAAAGGACUACAGAUUGGAACGAAGGUCGGCAGUACCUCAGUAACUUGGAACUGUCCAAAUGCGCUUCGAACUUCGAUGAAGAUUCAAACUCGAGUGAAAGAAGCAAAUUGUCUCGAUCUGGCAUGCAUAGUAGCGUUCAGGACUUGAACAUGACAUGGUGGCAGAAAAAACCUCCGACUAAAGACACUGCGAACCAUAACCUCUUUAGUGAUAUCGGGGAAAAAUCGGCUUCAAUUUCUAACAUUUUUGACGGGAGGGAAGCGAACGAUAACGGUUUGUUUUCCGAAAAUUCUAAUGCUCCCAUGAGCCUGCCGGGUAUCCAAGGUUUCAGAGAUGAUCGUAACAGCUGCCACGAUUUGCUGAAACAGCCGAGUCAUUAUCACCAGCCCGCCCUGGCGCUCAAUAGCGGCAUGAGGACGCAAUUUCGCAGCGAGCAAAAUCUCUUCAACUCAAGCCCAUCUCAUCACGACUCUGGCUUAUACUCGCUGGAUUAUAAUCACCCCAGCAGGGGAACAUUCAGUAAAUUCAACUUCGAUAUUUCUACUAUCAAGGAACUUCCAGAAGAUAGAUCCGAUUCGCCUGCAAAGAAUUUGCUCGAAAGUGACUCUGUGAAUAACUUCGACGUUGUGCAGCGGGGCUUCAUACCUACUCCAGCUAUCUCAACAACUUCGUUUGCUGAUAUGUACAGAAGUCUUCAGGAUCUCAGAGCGAAUGUUCAAGAUAUACAUCAGCCCGUGAGUUUAGUUUCUCAGACUGGAGGUGCCAAUCAGUCUGUCCUGGACAAUUCUGGAAACCAGUAUGCCGACGAAGAAAACUAUUUUAGAAGCAUUCAAGACCUACGCGAUCCGUCGUUUUCAUUGGAAAACAUUCCAUUUAGCAUGGAUUAUAUACAUUUGGGAAGAAAUGAGCAUUGCAGUGCUUUCGACUUGCCCAACGAAGUACAAAAAUCUGUCACGAGUCCUCACGUGUUAGGAUUCGAUGACUUUGCAGCCAGAGACAGAUCUGUCAGUAUGAUGGACAUAACAGCGGCAAGUACCGCCACAGAAACCCAAAAUUUCAACAGAAAAAAUGCUUCAAGAAUUCCUAAACGGCGGCACACGGUGACUGUGCAGGAUUUCAAAGGAGUCUGUCCUGACGGAAAUACGACAAGAUCAAUGUCGAUGCAAAACAUCUCCGAGAUAUCAGAAACAAAGAAUGAUCAUAGAGGAAAAGCAUUAAAUAAUUCUGACUCAUCGACAAGUUCGUGCGACAAAAGUCUGGGUGCGGAACGUAAAAAAGGAUGCGUUGGUUGUCAGCACAGACGCGAGAGGAAGCCUGUCGUGCGGCAGCUCUCGUUGCCUCCUCUCAAGAGCCGUCCUAGGAGCGAGGGUUCCCGCGUACCGCUGAACCGCUCCUGCAGCAAUCCUUCGCCGUCCAAUCGCAAGCGCAGCCAACCUCAGGAGAGCGAUCCUGCCGACCUGGCCAAUGAAAACAACAGCAAGGACAACAACAACAUGGACGCUGAGCGCAGUGAAGUAGAGCGGCUGCGCGACGAGCUACAGAUGCACAGGAGAACAAUACGGCAGCUGUCGCUACGGCCAGCU